AUGAAUUCUGCUCUCUACCAGAAAAUCCUGAAGGAGAAUGUCCGGCCAUCAGUUCGUGAUCUUAAGUUCAAGCGCACUUGUGUUACGCAGCAGGACAAUGAUCCGAAGCACACCAGCAAGUCCACCUCUGAAUGGCAAUGGAUGAUUUUGGCAGCUGGGAACAUCGAUGUAGACACAGUCAGAAUGCUGUCCGAAACCUGUAAAGAGAUUUUGGACGCAUUGACCGUCUUAAUCAUGGACGUUGUGGGACCUCAGGUCCGUGCCCGGGUACAGGAGAACAACGGCUUACCCAUUAUGCUUCACGAACGAUGCAUGAAUUAUUACUGUGUGACGGAGGACGAUAUCCACGCCACCCUCGGGGAUUCUGUUCACCUGAGCUUUGUUGAGACACUUGGAAUCAAUCAGGACCCGUCCAUAACCAACCAACUGAGUGACUUGUUUGCAGUAGAGAUCACGCGUCAGGUGAACGGAAAACUGGCUCUCAUCAAAGGGGAAGAAUCUUUGACAGAGCAAGAGGAGCCUGAACAUCAGCCAGAAAUACCUGAAUCUGAUCUGAAGAAUAUGGUUUACCUGAUUGCACUGAUACUGAAACGUGGAACAGAAAACCCUGAGUCACCAAAAGAACAAGAGUGUUCGGACAGUAGCAGCCCAGACAUUCGCUCAUCAGGCGAGGAAAAAGAGUUGCAUGACUUCAAUGAGGAGGAUAACACCAUCCAAUCAGCUGGCAUUUCACCAGGGGAGUCACUCGAUGCCAUCAGUAACUUCUCAGAGGGUUCCUGUCAAGACAACAUGACGACGAUUCAGAAUGUCACUAAGGAUCAAACAGACAACUCAGCAUCACAGUAUAACUGUGAGGGCCACUAUCCAGGCAAGGUGACGGAUGUUGACUUGAGUGACGACGACGCCACUAUUGAAUCACUCAGCGUUACACCAGAGAGGCAAAGCGCAGACCUCUCAGAUGAGUUUCCACAGCGAGACAAGACCUUUCUCAUCGUGUUUCUUGGGAAACUGGUGGAACACACCGCUGACUCCACCAGGACAUCAAUAUACGACGUGGACAUCGACGGGAUUUUGACAGGUCUGAGAGACAGGACUGGGGGAAAAUUACAUUUCACUCUCCCAAAGAAGGUUGGAAAGACCCACAUCCCCGUUUAUAGGAAGCUUUGUCGGGAGUUUGGAUCUGCGAGGCGGCUGCAGGCUGCCAUGGCGUCCAAUGACGUGACUUUUGAGGACACCUUGGUGAAGAUUUUGAAAGCACAGCUGCAGAAGUCUUCAGGAGAAACCAGCAGCUUCAUGGAGAGAGGGAGGAGGUUAUUCCACAGAAGAAACACUAGAGUUACUCCUUUCUAUGAGGGGAGUGACAAACCAGCGUCUCACCUUGAGGUCAUCGACUCCCCGCUUCCAAACACCAGGAAGCGACCCGCCAUCAUCAGGAUGUUCUCCUUCAUGGCCAAGACUCUGAGGAAGCCCUUCAACUCCUGCAUCAAUGGCUCACAGGAUGACUAG